AUGGAGACGCUGCUAGACGGUCUCAAUGACGCACAACGGAGCGCUGUCACCAGCCCUGCGUCCGUUCUCCAGGUCCUGGCGCCGCCCGGGUCUGGCAAAACGAAAACACUCACUGCACGCGUCGCGUAUCUGGUUAACCACGAGCGACUCCAACCAUGGAACAUUAUCGUCUGCACCUUCACCAUCAAGGCAGCGCGGGAGAUGAAAGAGAGGAUUUGCGGCUUCGUUGGCGAAGGAAUUGAGAAAAAGUUGAUCUUGGGGACCUUCCACUCAGUCGCCCGCCGGUUCCUGGUUCGGUAUGGCCAAGAGAUCGGUAUUCCAAAGAACUUCGGCAUUGCCGACACCACCGACAGCAAGUCAAUCAUUAAGCGGAUCAUCGAUUCCCGGCAAUACCUUGUGCCGCCCGACCAGGCUCGCGGUCGAAUCUCUGGACUGAAGGCCCGCAAUGUGUCCGCAGAGCAGUUCGCCGCCACUCUGAAGAAGGCAGACGAGCAUGAGUUCAGAAAUGUUUACUUCGAGUAUGAAGAGCAACUUAGGUCCCAAAAUCUCCUGGACUACGAUGACCUGCUCGUACGAUGCGUGGAGCUUCUUCAAAAGCACCCUCAAUGCGUUUCUAGCAUACAGGCCGUGCUUAUCGAUGAAUACCAAGACACGAACAACGUGCAAUAUGAGCUGAUGAAACUUUUAGCACAAGCAAGGGGCCGCAUCACGAUUGUCGGCGACCCGGAUCAGAGUAUAUACAGCUUCCGAGCAGCAGAGAUUGAGAACCUCCGCAAGAUGCGAAGGGAUUAUCCUGAUUCUUCCGUUAUCAAUCUCGAGAUGAACUACCGAUCUUCUGGUUGUAUCCUGACCACAGCAAUGGCUGUUAUUGAGCAAGACGAAACACGUCCCGAGAAGCCACUCAUUGCGACCCACUGCGUGGGUGAGCAACCAACUCUUCGCCAUCUUGCCACUGCACAAGUUGAAGCGUGGUGGAUUGUUGACGAGAUCCAACGGAUUACAACACUUAGUGCCGGCCUGCUGAACCACAACGAUUAUGCCAUCCUCAUUCGCUCAGCCGCGCUAUCACUAUCCAUUGAGAGAGCACUCGCUAAGGCAGGAAUUCCUUAUCGCAUGGUUGGUGGCUUACGCUUCUUUGACCGUGCGGAGAUCAAAUUAGUCCUCGACUACCUACGCAUCAUCAACCAACCGGAAAGCAAUGAUGUUUUGAUGCGCAUCAUCAAUCGACCGUCCCGGAAGAUCGGUGAGAGUACCGUCAAAUCCCUCGUGAAGGAAGCGGAAGAGGAGAAGACUUCUCUUUGGAAACUCAUCCUAGCUAUCGCCCAGGGCAGAAAGAAGGCUCGAUCAAAGAUUGCCAAACCGGCGCAGCUUGGCAUCGAGACAUUCGUCAAUUUGGUACUGACUUCACAAAAGAAACUCCAACAAGAAGAUUCGUGCGAUCUUUUAGGCCUUAUCGAUCAUGUCAGCACCAAGAUCAAUCUCGAAGCCUACCUGAAGAGCACAUACAAGGAAGACUGCAAAGAGCGGUGGGCAAACUAUGAGGAGCUUGUAUCUCAAGCGACACAGAUGGCUACAAGUGUUGCAAAUGGUGAAGAGGUGGCCGACGACGCGCUACCUAUCGUCGAGGGCAUUGAACAACGUCAAGACACGGCUGCCGAUAUUCUUUCGAAGUUCCUUGCAAACGUUACCCUAUCAUCUGCUGUGGAACAGCCCAAUGGAGAGGAAGUGAGCCAGGUCACCAUCUCCACGAUUCACGCCGCCAAAGGACUUGAAUGGCCGGUUGUCUUCAUUCCAGCGAUUUAUAUGGGGUCAAUUCCUCACUCUCGAGCAGAAGACCACGAUGAAGAGAGACGUCUGCUGUAUGUUGGCAUGACCAGAGCCAAGGGACUCUUGGACCUGGCACAGAUACUCGGACGAGCUUGUCCACUUGCUACGGAGGUUCAAACUGCCCGAAGUUUAGUAGAGCGUAUUGAAGACGACAAAUACCCGUAUACACGAGAUGAGAUAGACGGUACAGAACCCUGGUCCAACGGAUGGAACGCCACAGCAGAGCCAUGGGCCAAGCGACCAAAGGUCGAGCACUCGACGCGCGAAUUGGGCGGCGUUAAGUACGAUGUCGUCGAGGAGCGAUACCCUGGAGGAGGGUAUAGUAAGAGUCUGACCAACGGGGGGUUCACUAGUGCCCGAGACGUACGAGCUCUGCAGCAAGAAGCCGAGAACGCACGAAUGCUCGCAAGCGCCAACGCCUCUACCAAACACAUCUACAGCGAAGUCAACGUGCUUGGCACGUCAUCAAAACCGGUGUACAAAGAGGUUAACAGGCUCGGUACGAACCCCCCACAAACGAAGAAAAGCAAGCCGCGCGCAGCAGGCCAGGGCGCCAUCACAGGCUUCUUCAAGCGCUCCGCAAGCUCCAUGUCUGAAGAGCAAGACCCAAUUCCCAUCCCCAAACCUCAGCCGCUCCUACGAAAAACGCCCGCUUUGUUCACCCGCCCACUCGCAGACGUCUCUAACAGACAAAUUCCCCGGCCACACCACCCCUACCAAGCCCCAUCUUUCCCCACACACACCCUAAACACAGGUCCUAUGGCCAGCAAGCCAAGAAAGACGUCCGCUACCGAAGAACCGUCUUCAAAACACGUCCUCCUCUCAUCAUCCCCCACAAAGCCGGACAACGAGCCCAUCGUGACCUCCUCGGAGGAUAAGGACCGCACGAGCGAGCCCGCGACGUCGGGAUUCCGGCCUGCGACGACCCUGCACACGACGUCGAUGGGUACGCUGCAGGGUGGGAGUGGUGGUGGGGUGCAGAGGAGAACGCUGGGCGCGAGGAGGAGCAUGCAGGGGUGGAGCGUGAAGCAUAAAGCGAUGCCGCGGCCAAAGGGCUCUUAA